AAACCACUGCCGCUUUGAACUGCUUGAAGACAACAGACUGGAAUGUCUAUUAUCAGCAGCUGUGUUAAACAAAAGUUUGCUUUGCUGGUUGAGCUUUACCAGGUGACUUUCCUUUUUUUUAAUGCAGUAGUGUCGUUACCUGGCUGAAAACUAAACAUGAGAAUAGCAGGUGCUGCAAAGUUGAUAGUAGUCAUAGCGAUAUUUUUAUUGACAUUUUAUGUCAUAUCUCAAGUGUUUGAAAUAAAAAUGGAAGCAAACUUAGGACACAUAUUUGCUAGAUCAGCAUUGGAUGCAGCUGCACGCUCUACGAAACCUCCGAGAUACAAAUGUGGGAUCUCUAAAGCUUGUCCUGAAAAGCACUUUGCAUUCAAAAUGGCAAGUGGAGCAGCAAAUGUAGUUGGACCUAAAAUUUGCGUAGAAGAUAAUGUAUUAAUGAGUGGAGUUAAAAAUAAUGUCGGCAGAGGAAUAAAUGUGGCCUUGGUCAAUGGUAAAACAGGAGAACCAGUAGACACUAAAUUCUUUGACAUGUGGGGAGGAGAUGUGGCACCAUUUAUUGAAUUUCUCAAAUCCAUACAGGAUGGAACCAUCGUGCUAAUGGGGACGUACGAUGAUGGUGCAACAAAGCUUAAUGAGGAAGCACGGAAACUGAUUGCUGAACUGGGAAGCACAUCUAUCGCUAACCUUGGCUUUAGAGACAAUUGGGUCUUCUGUGGUGGAAAAGGAAUUAAAACUAAAAGUCCUUUUGAGCAGCAUAUAAAGAACAACAAGGACACAAACAAAUAUGAAGGCUGGCCAGAAGUUGUUGAGAUGGAAGGUUGUAUCCCUCAGAAGCAAGACUAAACCUACAGAAAAGGAAAGGAAGAAAAUGCACUUUCUGCUGUUAUUAGGGAGAGGGCUAUGAAGGAGACUGUGUUGUAAAUAAUAUUUUUAAAGCAUGCAGCCAUCCUGUCGGUGUGUGCAUGAGCACUGACAUCUUGAAUAUUGGGAUUAUUUAUUGCUAACACACAUAAAAUCCUUUUUGUAAAUAUGUUCAAAGUAAAAGGAACAUCAAAUAAUUUCUAAACAGAUUUCUUAAAAGCACAGUAUUUAGUUUGCCUAUGGUGAGUAUCUUGUAGACCAACUGGCUAAUAAAUUGCAUAUGCCAAUAAUAAACAGAUCCAGACAAAUGUUGUACUGUCUUCUAACAUUGCUGUGAGAAUGUAACCUUUGUGGAAAAUAUAGAUUUUAGAGAUAAGUUAAUAAAGAGCUUUAAUUUUUUUUAUCCUCUGCCUUUUUAAUGGCAGCAUCACUUUUUAUUGAAGGUAAUUGGUUAUUCUAAUACCAAGUGCUAAAAAAAAAAAAAAAUUUUGUAGUCUCCCACCAAAACUGAAUAAUCUGCAAAGGAAGAAAACAUGGUAGAGAAAUACAGAUAUACCAUGAAAAGCACAACUAAGUUAUUUUUACUAGAGAAGAGCAAGGGUAAGUGCAUAAGUAGCAUAUGUGGUACUUAAAAGCAGUUUGGAAGGAUUGUUGAUCAGUUUGAAAAUAAUACUUUCUAUGUAGAAGAGACUUGGCACGUUAAAAAACAGUACUUGUUCAAGUGACUUGUUCAUUAUUUUUGUAACAAUUUUUGUACUGCUGCUUAACCACUGAGUCUACCUGUUCAGCCCUGCUAGCUAGUCACAUAGUAAAUCUGUGUAAUGGGAUUCCUUCCUGCUGUAGCUGUAACCCUAGAAAUAAAUUUUCCAUCGCAAAGAAGCCAGCAGAAGGCAAUCUCCCUUCUAGUGAGAGUUGUCCAGGCUACAGUGUUAUGUAUCUUUAGUGCUUGUGUUACAUCUAAUGUGGGGUCACUUGUGCUUACAGAGAUGUUAGAGAAAGCGUUGCAUCUUUGGUUAUGCAAUCUAUGAUAUUCAAACUUCAGUGACGAUGCAUCUUCAUUUUUUUUUCCAUGCAAAAAAAAAAAUGACCAAGUUGAAGUGGCCUUAUUCUUCAGCUCAUGCCAGAGCUAUCAGAAAACAUAGCUUCAUUUGUAGGUAGGGCCAGCUUGAACUUUCACUGCAACUAAGUCUGUUAUAAAUUGAAUUGUUGGUAUACAAAAAAUGGGGGAUGUUACGGAAUUGAUUGUAAUCUCUUGGAGUUUUACAUCAUGAGUUCUGGUUUAAUCUUCAGAAACUUCCAUCUAGUACCGUGGGAAUAAAGCAACAAAGGAUUUUUCAGGGACCCACAGUGUAAGUAGCACUCAAACGUUCCUAUUGUUGGUAUGUCUUCUGAGAUGAACUCAAUAGUGUGCACUAAAAAAAAAGUCAAGCGAUAUUGGGCGUUGCUUUGCAAGUCAAAUAACCUGUGAUGUCAGAGUAAGACUGGACUCUGAGCUGUUCUGUACAUUUAAGUAGCUUGUUAAAUAAUGUGGCUUUCCCUCAAGUUUAGUGUAGAGCAGCAAUAAAAGCACCUUAUGUGGUGAAAUUGUUUAUUGUUAAAUCUUUCAGAUUCUCUUGUUUAGGAGGAUGUGUCAAAAUCAUAUGUAUCUUUUACAUCGAAUGAAAUAAAACACCUGAUUUCUACCCAUUAAAAUAAAUAAAUUUUAUUUAAUAACA